AUGGAGCUGCAGCCAGACGCCUCACCUAUGCCGGUGACAUCAGUCAGGGACUGGUCGGAGCUGCCACUGGAUGCGCUUACUUCGGUCUUCGCGGGGCUCGGCGCCGUCGACGUUCUCAUGGGCGCUGGCCUUGUCUGCCACUCGUGGCUGGAGGCGGCCAAGGCGCCUGAGCUCUGGCGCAAGGUGGACAUGGGGCGCGGGCCGCGGGACAAGGAGAGCACCCGAGUCAUGUGCGCAAUGGCGAAGGUGGCCGUGGAGCGAUCCAACGGGAAGCUGGAGGCGUUUGUGGGGGCCAACUUUGUUACCGAUGAGAUCCUCACUUAUGUUGGUGCCAGGUCGCCCUCUCUGAAGGGACUUGCUCUCUUAUCAUGCUACCAUGUAACCAGCGAAGGGUUCACCGAUCUGGUAGCCAAGUGCCCUCUGCUAGAAGACAUCGAGCUUUCGGGUUGUGUAGGUGUCCGCGGCGACGUUAUGGUGGCCACUGGCAGGGCAUGCCUGCGGCUGAAGCGGCUGGUGCUUGACAUGUUAGUUUUAAUCUUGUCAUGGUCAUGUAUCUGCAUGGGAGAUGCUGAGGGCCGUGUGAUGCGGCGGCUUGGUGAGAUGCCGUUGUGGCGUGAAGCUGCGGUGGUGCAUGCAUGCACUAGGAUGAGGUAA